AUGAACAUCAACGACUUCCCUGACGAGAUACUCUCGUCUGUCCUCGACUACGCUUCUCAGAUGAAUGCUGAAAACGGCGUCAAAUACACGUUUGGUCUUACUCAAGCUCCUCUACCAAUCUCCCGAACGCCAUUGACCAGAUACAUCAGAGGACCUGUCCAGCCCGAAGCACAACGCUGGGACGGAGCAUCUACUAUCCGUGGUGUGUGCACAAGAUGGCAUGACUGGGCCAUUCGAAGCACCAUCAGGACUGUAUCGAUCAGAAGAUGGCAAGGUUCCGAGAGAUGGGCUGAGAUUCCAACGCGCCGAUCAUCCUACGGAGCCUACGAGUUCAUGAGUAAGCCCAAAGGCAGCGCAGUGUAUCGUGAUCCCUUUGGUUUCCUCAAGAGCGCUGUUAAGUUCUUCCGUCAGUACCCAGAUGUGGCGGGUGAAGUCCGCCGCAUGUUCUUUGAUGGUUUCCACACCGUUGAGACGGACCGCAUGAUCUUCGAUGUUUUGAGGAGCUGCCGUCAUCUCACUUCCAUCAGCGUGCCUUGGACACUGCUACGACACGGGACUGCUCAGGACUGGAUCCAUCUGCUGGGUAUCUCUUCCGAAGAUGAUGUCCCUCUUAGGUCUCUAGAGCUGCGUGCUACCUGUCUGGGUAGUGCUCAGGAGAAGGAAUGGUCGCAGGUCGAGAACACUCAUCCUCUGGCAGACUCUCGUAUCAACUUUACGCACCUGAAGCGCUUGAAGAUCUUUGGCAACACAUCUCUGAUGCCAAUCGACGACGAGGACAUGUUCAACAUUGCACGCAGUGCAAGCCACCUCGAAGAGUUCCACCUCACAAACCUCUCCACCAUUACUAUCGCCGGAGUCAUGGCCAUUGUGAACGCUUCGGCAAACACCCUGCGCGUCCUCGAGCACUCGCCUCGCUCGGACGAUGGCUUCUUCCACCCACACCCCGGCUACCUCACUCCAGACACACACGUCUGUGAGUCCCUCGCCUCCUGCCCUCGCCUCAAGGACCUCUCCAUCUCCGUCCCUAGCAUGUGCGCCUGCCUCUUCUCCCACGAAGACGUAGACUGGGAAGGCGAAUGCCAGGUCCGCGCCCUCGAGCUCUGCGAUCGUGAUGCCAGCUUCGAUGCAUCAAACAACUCUCUCCGCGCCCAGCAAGCACACAAAUCACGUCUGCUGCGCGAUGUCCUCGUCUCCGCACGCACGCUCAUGCAAGUCCAAAAGCGCAAGCGCAAGGAGCUUGAUAUCGAGCUCUUCUUUGCAGACUGCAUCUUUGAUCCUGCUGAGCGUGUUGUGCAUGGCGAUUUCUCCUUUGCCGAGGUUUCGAGUGGUGGUGCUUGGCCUGUCACUUGGGAGGCUUCUCACAAAGGACCUUAUGGGUCCACUGGCGUCUACGGUAAGACUGAGAGCUCGUGGAUUUGUAUCAGCGAAGACGAGCUCGUUCGCGCUGUGGAGAAGAACUGGUUCAGAAUUUGA